UGAUAAUCGUGCCGGCGACCGAUGUGCCGUGUUCAGCUGAGCUGGCCACGUUCUUUCCAUUCCAUCCCUAACGAUGUCCUCCGAAGCACUCCGACCUAGGGGUCGGCCAGCGCACACGCCCGGAUCGACGGUUCUGGCGUACACCCCCGACGGUCGCCGCGUGAUCACGGGCGGUUCCAACUCGGCGAUUCGUAUCUACACUGUCGGCCAGGAUGGCGAGCCGAAGACCGUCGACGAAGGUGUCGAUGGACAUAUGGGUAUCGGUGCUACGAACGAGUCGUUCAUCUUGGGCGCCGAAGACGGAACGGUAUGGCAGUACGAGAUAGGAUCGGGACGAAUGGAGAAAUUGCUGGUUCGCUGUGCCUUGCCAGUGCGGGACAUUGCUGUUUCGAGAGAUGGGGAGUGGGCUGCCGUUGCGAGCGAUGAACUCACAGUGAAGAUCGUCAAUGUCGAGGACAUGACCAAAGUGAAGUACCUGCGGGAGCAGACCAAGGGCAGCAAGCACGUCACGUUCGACCCGAACGGCCAGUACAUUGCGGUUUCGUGUACAGAUGGUUUCCUUUACGUAUACUCGAUCGCGUCAGAGGAGCCCGAGCUCGUGCAAAGGCUAGACGGCGUCAUACAGCGACUGGAGCCGGAGGACGAGACGACAUCGAGAGCGGUAUGGCAUCCGGAUGGGACGGCGUUCGCGUCUGCAGAAGCCACGCGUGACAUCGCGAUCUUCUCGACAGGCCAGUGGAAAAAGGAAAAGGUCUUUUCGGGCGGCCACAACGGACGGGUCACCGCCAUCAGCUGGUCGCCUAACGGGGCGCUUCUUGCGACCGCUGGUGCCGACGGCCAGGUUCUGAUCUGGGACACGCGCACGCAGAAGGUUCUGCAGAGUCAUGAUUUUGCGAACGUGAUUAACCUUGCCUGGCAUCCGACCACCAACUCGCUUUCGUUUACCACCUCGGAUGGUGAAUUGUUCAUAUACGACGGGAUUGUACAGCCUGCGCACCAGCCUCUGCUGCAGAAACCGCUCCAGGCCGCUCCUAUCUUCCCCGGCCCGUUGACGGAGAUCUCUGAUAAUGUACGGCGACCGUUGGCGAGCCGACCGAAGGAGUCUAUUGAGCGGAGGGACAGGCUGGGGUCUCCUGAUUCCCUGGACGAUCUUCUCGCCGGUGAUCAGGGAAUGGCGGACUUUGUCGAUGAUGACGACGGAGCGGGCUAUGCUGAGGACGAGGUAAAUGAAUUCGGCAAACGCACGAACCGGCAUUUGGAUGGCAUCGAUGGCCACGCCGAUAAACGGAUGAUCGGCUCGUUUGGAAAACCGAAGGUGCAUCCCCCUCUUCAGCCCGGUAGCACGCCGUGGAGAGGCAACCGACGAUACCUUUGUCUGAACUUGACUGGCGCCGUCUGGACUGUGGACCAGGAAACCCAUAACACGGUGACCGUGGAGUUUUACGACCGGGAACUUCACCGCGACUUUCACUUUACCGAUCCGUAUAUCUAUGACCGGGCGUGUCUGAACGACAAUGGGACUUUGUUCUCUAAUAACCCCAGCGACGGCAGCCCUGCCACGAUAUUCUACCGUCCCCACGAGACCUGGACCACGCGGGCAGACUGGCGGACCCAGCUGCCCCAAGGGGAAUUCAUCCGAGCGCUGGCGCUAAGUGAUUCUUACAUCGUCGCGGUGACUACGAAAGACUACGUGCGCGUGUAUACGCUAUUUGGCACUCCCUUCAAAGUGUACCGGCAAAAGAGUCCAGCCGUGACCUGCGCCGCCUGGCGCGACUACGUGAUGACAGUCGGAAACGGACCACUGGGAAGCGACGGCCGCACGGCGUCCCUUCGAUACACCGUAGAAAACGUCAAGCGCGACGAGAUCUGCCAAAACGAGGAUGUAGUGGCGCUCCCGGAGGGGUCCGAACUGAAGAGCGUCUUCUUUUCCGAUACCGGGGACCCAUGCAUCUACGACACCGAGGGCGUGCUGCUGAUCCUCCAACACUGGCGCACUCCCGGCCAGGCGCGCUGGGUUCCCCUGCUAGACACCAAACAGAUGGAGCGUCUAGCCAGCGGUCGCAAGGAAGAGACGUACUGGCCCGUUGCCGUCGCGCAAGACAAGUUCCACUGUAUCAUCCUGAAGGGAGGAGACCAAUACCCGUACUUCCCCCGCCCGUUGCUAAGCGAAUUCGACUUCCGGGUCCCCAUCUCGGACACUCCCGGGCAAAGCCUCGGCGAGGACGCAGAGCGCAACGAAGGCCCGCGGUUCGAGGAGUCUUUCGUGCGAGGCAACGUCAUGCUGUCACUCUUCCAGGACUUACUCUCUUCCACCAAUGCGACAGCUAGCCAACGUGCGGAGCUUGUCCGCAAGGAGCUGGAGCUGGAUAAGAUCCUUCUGCAGCUGCUCGCUGUGGAGUGCCGAGAAGGCGAAGAACGAGGCAUGAAGGCCCUGGAGCUGGUCCAGAUGAUGAAGGACCGCAAUGGCAAGAUGGUCGAAGCGGCUGUCCGGAUUGCGGAGCGGUAUGGGCGGGGCGUGUUGGAGGAUAAGAUCCGACAGAUGGCGGAGAGGCGACUGGGUGGUGAUGAUGACGAUGAUGAGUUGGCUUGAGAGGCUGGAUACCAGGAUAUGAUACGCG